GGGGAAUCCGAGCCGCUCGCAGCCCGAGGCGUGUGAUGCGAGGCUGAGCGCGUGGCGGCCCGCGUUGUGUCCGGCUGAGCUAGGAGCGACAGGACAGGGGCGCGCUCCAGCUCUGCUCGCCGCGCGCGGGGCGGGGCGCGGCUGGGGGUGCUCGGCCGCCCGCGGGGAGCUGCGGAGGAGCAGGCGCUCUGUAGACCCGAGGAAAGGCACGGGUAAAGCAUUGCCAUCAACUGUGAGCCCAGAGAUCCCGUCCUCAGCCAUCACACUAACUCUGCAGCCUCCCUUACGCCUCCGAACCACCGAAGGAGGCGACACCUGAUCUAGAGCGCAAACACGGGUCCCUUCUGUCCCGGAUACAAUUACGCGGCAAAGACACACUCAAACUCACGCGCAGCAGCCAAGAGACAAGCUAUGAAGUCUUACACUCCAUAUUUCAUGCUCCUGUGGAGUGCUGUUGGGAUAGCGAAGGCUGCCAAAAUCAUCAUCGUGCCGCCAAUUAUGUUUGAAAGCCAUAUAUACAUUUUCAAGACGCUGGCCUCGGCCUUACACGAGAGAGGCCACCAUACAGUGUUCCUCCUCUCUGAAGGCAGAGACAUCGCCCCAUCUAAUCAUUACAGCUUCCAGCGCUACCCAGGGAUCUUUAACAGUACCACCUCGGAUGCUUUCCUGCAGUCCAAAAUGCAGAAUAUUUUCUCUGGGAGAUUGACAGCAAUCGAGCUGUUUGACAUACUGGAUCACUAUACUAAGAACUGUGACAUGAUUGUUGGCAACCGUGCCCUGAUCCAGGGCCUGAAAAAAGAAAAGUUUGACCUGCUGCUGGUGGACCCUAAUGAUAUGUGUGGAUUUGUGAUAGCUCAUCUUUUAGGGGUUAAAUAUGCUGUAUUUUCAACUGGCCUUUGGUAUCCUGCUGAAGUGGGCGCUCCUGCCCCAUUAGCUUACGUCCCAGAAUUUAAUUCACUCCUCACAGACCACAUGAACUUGCUGCAAAGGAUGAAAAAUACUGGCGUUUACCUCAUGUCCAGAUUAGGGGUCAGCUUUCUGGUUCUUCCCAAAUACGAAAGGAUAAUGCAGAAGUACAACCUGCUGCCACAGAAGUCCAUGUAUGAUUUGGUUCAUGGGUCCAGCCUGUGGAUGCUGUGUACUGACGUAGCACUGGAGUUUCCAAGACCCACUCUGCCUAAUGUUGUUUAUGUAGGAGGAAUCCUAACCAAACCGGCCAGCCCACUACCAGAAGAUCUCCAAAGGUGGGUAAAUGGUGCUAAUGAACAUGGCUUUGUCCUGGUAUCUUUUGGAGCUGCUGUCAAGUAUCUGUCAGAAGACAUCGCUAAUAAAUUGGCAGGAGCUCUGGGGAGAUUGCCUCAAAAAGUGAUUUGGAGGUUUUCUGGAACCAAACCAAAGAAUCUAGGAAACAACACUAAGCUCAUAGAGUGGUUGCCACAAAAUGACCUGCUUGGGCAUUCAAAUAUUAAAGCCUUCCUGAGCCAUGGUGGUUUGAACAGUAUUUUUGAAACUAUGUAUCAUGGUGUACCUGUGGUGGGAAUCCCACUCUUUGGAGACCAUUAUGAUACUAUGACCCGGGUACAGGCAAAAGGCAUGGGGAUAUUGCUAGAAUGGAAGACAGUUACUGAAGGAGAGCUAUAUGAAGCACUGGUGACAGUUAUCAAUAACCCCAGCUACCGUGAAAGGGCCCAGAAGCUUUCGGAAAUUCAUAAGGAUCAACCUGGUCACCCUGUCAAUCGGACUAUCUAUUGGAUAGAUUACAUUCUUCGUCACAACGGAGCUCAUCACCUACGUGCCGCUGUCCAUCAAAUCUCUUUCUGUCAGUAUUUUUUACUGGAUAUUGCUUUUGUGCUUUUGCUUGGUGCUACCUUGUUUUACUUUCUCUUGUCCCGGGUGACAAAAUUUAUCUACGGAAAAGUCAAAAGUCUGUGGUCUAGAAAUAAGCAUAGCCCAGUUAAUGGACAUUACCACAAUGGAAUUCUCAAUGGCAAAUACAAAAGAAAUGGCCAUAUUAAACAUGAAAAGAAGGUGAAAUGAGCCAGCAGCCCAGGUGGUAGAAACAAAUCUGUUCAGUCAUCAAAUUUUUAUUGCUAUAAUUUAGUCUAACAGCUACUAAAAGUAAAACUUCAGAAAACAAUUCUAACAUGCCCUUAUCAGAUCUUACUAAUGAAAUUCUGUGGAAUUAAAAUGGCUGUAAAAAGCACAAACCUAAAAUGCAAAAAUGUAUUUUAUUCAAAUACUGAUGCAGAGUUUUGGCACUGAACCUUUUAGAAGCCUUAAUUAUUUAAAUCGAGUAAGUGACCAUGUCAGACCUUAGUGUUAAAAUCUUGAUAUGUGUGUGUCCCAGAUAAGGAAUGGUCUCUUUUUUCUUAAUAAGUAUGUGUAUGUGCAUGUGCGUGUGUGUUUGUGUGUAUCCUAAUUAAGAGCGCUUUUUAGCUGGCUGCUUAUUAUACCUGUUAAAGGUACAACACAUUCAAGAAUGAAGUAGAAAGUCAGGAUCCGCAUGUUUCUCUUCUAGCAUUUAGUAUGUGUGAACUCAGAACACCACCAUGAAAGCAUGAGAAAAACACUUUUCUCUCAAAACUGGAUGCAGAGGAAGAAAGUGAAAAGAUAAAUGGCACAGUUUUUUGUACGUUUUGUUUGUUUUAGUUUUGUGUUUUGUUUUUUUUACAGACUAUGGACAAAUCUGGGGGAAAACGUGAUUAAGUAAAUGUAUAAAUUGGUUAUCACAUUUUACUUUUUUCUCCUACCAAUAAUUUUCCUCUGGAAGAAUUUUAUAGUUCUAUUUCAUUUUAAUGAGUAACAUUAUGUUAAAUGCAUAAUUAAGACAAAGCAACAAAGCUCUGACUUUUGUUCAAAGUACUGAAGAUAUAUUUGCUUACGUAGCAUUUUUAAACAGGGCCGUUGUUUGAAUGUUUAUGUAACUGUUUGGUUUUCUAUAAUGUAACUUUUGGAUGUUCAGGGGUUACAUUUCCAAAGUUUUAACUUUAAAAAACAUCUUCUUCAUCCCUUUUAUUGUCUGGGCCACACAAUCUAUAUUACCUAGGUGCCAACAUUUAAUUCUUUUAAAUGGAACAUUUGAAGUUCUCUAUAUUGGUACCUGCUUUGUCUGGAGAGGUUUGAGAUCUUGUUAACAAAUCAGACUUUAGAUGAUACACACAAGUGACAGAGAAUUUGUACCACUUGUUUGUGAAAAUGAGUUCCUAUUGCACUCCUUACUCCUUCAGCCAGCAUCUCAGCAGCUUUUUAUGGUCAUUGUGGCUGACAUGGAGCAGUGACAGUAUUCAUUUGAGAACAGGGAUGCAAGUCACAGACAUCAUAAAAUCAGGACCUCCCUGCUGAACUGUUCACUAGUUGGCAACUAUAAGUUUGUUCCAUGUCAUUCUGUUUACCUAGCACUUGCACUACACAUGUUGAGUGUAUGCUUUAUUUAUUUGUAGUUUGAAAUCCCAUGUCUGACAGCUGAGAGUAGAAAAAUACAUUUACCUAAUGUUAUUCACUAACAUUGAAGAGUUGUGAACAUUCUAGAAUCUGUAAAUCCUUGUCAUACACUAUGACAACUCAUUACAGUCCCACCAGGAGCCACUCUCCUAUACUUAGAAAUAAUGUCACAAGUAGUUUUCUAAUGUACAAUGCAGACCAAUGUACUGCUCUCUGAAUACUUGAAGAAAUGCUAUCAUACAUAGAAGCCUAUUAGUUAUACCUUUUCACAAUCCUACCACAAUGUUGUUGUUAAAAGGCAAAAAAGACACAGGCAAUGAAUAGUGGGAUGGUAAUGGGACUUGAGUGUAUGAAUGAGUUGAUUUUACCUUUUUGGAAUUUGAAGUUGACAGUACGCACUGACUGGAUGAUUAAGCAUAAGUUAAUAUCCACUGUGAUAAGAAUUUAAACAAUAAACAUGAUUUAAAAUAGAGAAA